AAAUGAUCUAUGAAAGGAGGUGAUGGGAGUAUCCGCCUUUGAGAUGGGCGCAAAAGUAUGGGGUAAAAGGUUAGAAAUGACUUGGUUGUAAUUAUACAUGGAUCAAGGGUUCUGUGAAGAAGGAAGGCAAGAACACACCGAAUUAUAGUAGAACUCACUUUUGCGCUUUUAUAUUGCUGGAUGAUUCGGAUAAUUUGCGAAGAUCUGUGCUAAAGUUAGGUGCAUCAGUGUUUACAGAAUUCUUGUUGUCAUCCUGCUAAGGGAGAAAUGUUUAUAGCUUUGUGGCUUACGUACGUUAAAACUUGCUGAGCAAGAAAUGGACAGGGCAAAUAAAUUUCCUGUGUUAGGCUGCAGUAGCUAUAGUUAAAAACGAUAGGGAUGCAUUGCCGAUUUCAGCGUUAGUUGUGCCUAGUUUUUUAUAUAGUGUUCCACGACAUAGUGUUGUUGAAAACUGUUGGAGAUUUAAAAAAAAGGCUGUGACUGGAUUACAGUCGUUAGUAAUAUAUAGAUCACACGCACUCGUAUGUGCACCGAGAGCAUUAAUCAGCCGGUUGCUGCAACGCCUGUGCUGUAGGACUGUAAACAUCUACAUAGAAAGGCACUGUCAUCGACGUGCAGUCUUAUUUUUCAGUACUUUGUACCAUCAGUUUAUGAUCUUUUUUUAUACUUUUCCUUGGGUUAUCCAGGGGUGCUUUUCUUGCAAUUUUGGGUUGUUCUUCACGCAACAUGAUGGAGAUACAGAUUGACGAUGGAGUGGUGUACCAGGAUGAUUAUGGCUCAGGCUCUGUCAUGUCGGAGAGGGUCUCUGGCCUGGCUAACAGUAUUUACCGGGAAUUUGAAAGGCUUAUUCGGUGUUAUGAUGAAGACGUGGUGAAGGAACUUAUGCCACUGGUUGUAAAUGUACUGGAGAAUCUGGACUCUGUGUUGACAGAAAAUCAGGAGCAUGAAGUGGAACUGGAGCUUUUGAAGGACGAUAACGAGCAGCUUCUUACUCAAUACGAAAGAGAGAAAUCUCUUCGGAAGCAGGCAGAGGAGAAAUUCAUUGAAUUUGAAGAUGUCCUGGAGCAAGAAAAGAAGGACUUACAAGCACAAGUGGAAGCCAUGGAGCUACAGGCAAGGCAGCUGGAGCUGAAAGCAAAGAACUAUGCUGACCAGGUUUCUAGGCUAGAGGAGCGUGAAGCAGAAUUGAAGAAGGAUUAUAAUGCACUCCAUCAAAGACAUACAGAGAUGAUUCAGACUUAUGUGGAACACAUUGAACGUUCCAAGUUGCAGCAGCAAGUCACUGUUAAUCACGGAGAUGGUGUAAUGGGCAGCAGGAAGAAACGCCCGACUUCUCUGAGCCUCUACAACACCACAGAAGGACUGGAUGAAAUGUCAGAGUCUGGACAGUCUUCUGUGGCUGAGAGCCCAAGCACCAGUGGCACAAAGUCCAAUUCUCCAACAUCAUCUGUCCCCUCAGCUGCUAUCACCCCCCUGCAGGAGAUUGUCCAUGCAGCGCAUGACUUUAGCACAUCUGCCAGUCAGAGGAAGCGAGAGAAGCGAAACAGUCGCAACAUGGAAGUACAGGUGACACAGGAGAUGAAGAAUGUCAGCAUAGGGAUGGGAAGCAGUGAUGAAUGGUCUGAUGUUCAGGACGUUAUUGAUUCCACACCAGAAUUAGAGAUAUGUCAGGAUCCACGGAUGGAACGCAACAGUAGCAGCCCUACUCAAGGAAUUGUGAACAAAGCUUUUGGAAUCAACACAGAUUCUCUGUAUCAUGAACUUUCCACUGCUGGGUCAGAGGCUAUUGGAGAUGUAGACGAAGGAGCAGAUCUUUUAGGGGAAUUCUCAGGGAUGGGGAAAGAAGUAGAAAACUUGUUGCUGGAGAACACACAGCUUCUGGAAACUAAAAAUGCACUGAACAUUGUGAAGAAUGAUCUGAUUGCCAAGGUGGACCAGCUUUCUAGUGAGCAGGAGGUCCUGAGAGGUGAACUGGAUGCAGUGAAACAGGCAAAAACAAAAGUAGAGAACAAAGUCAAAGAACUAGAAGAAGAACUCAAACGUGUGAAAUCAGAGGCAGUUGUCACCCGCAAAGCAGCCAAGGAUGAAGUGGACGAUCAGUGCUCCUCCCCCUUACAGGAUGAUCUCCCAAUGGCACAACGACGGCGCUUCACCCGUGUUGAGAUGGCAAGGGUUCUGAUGGAGCGGAAUCAGUACAAAGAACGUCUAAUGGAAUUACAGGAAGCAGUGCGAUGGACAGAGAUGAUUCGAGCUUCCCGUGAGCAUCCAUCAGUUCAGGAAAAGAAGAAGUCCACGAUUUGGCAGUUCUUCAGCCGUCUUUUCAGUGCCUCUUCAAGUCCCCCACCUGUCAAACGACCAUACCCUGCUGUGAAUAUUCACUACAAAUCUCCACAGCCUGCAGGAUUCUCACAGCGCCGCAGCCAUACAAUGGGACAGAUUUCAACUGCUGGACGCACCCUUGAGUUUUUCACUGAGGAUGACUGUACAUCAACUGCACGACGAGAACAGAAAAGAGAGCAGUACCGCCAAGUCCGGGAGCAUGUGCGCAAUGAUGAUGGACGACUGCAGGCUUGUGGGUGGAGCCUUCCUGCUAAGUAUAAACAACUGAGUCCUAAUGGUGGACAAGAAGAGAACCGUAUGAGGAAUGUGCCUGUUCCAGUAUACUGCCGUCCACUGGUGGAAAAAGAUCUAACAAUGAAGUUGUGGUGUGCUGCUGGUGUUGACCUUACUGGAUGGAGACCCUUUGAAGUAGAACUUACCUUUGAAAUAAGGCGAUCAUCUAGUCAAGAUCCUUUAACCUGUAACAGAGAAGUGGAAGGAGACAGCAAGAGUAAUAACAGUUCACCUGAAAAGAAAAAGGCAAAGGAGCUACAUGAAGUGGAUGCCAUGUCAAGCCGAGUGUGGAUCCUCACCAGUACACAUUCCACCAGCAAAGUAGUAAUCAUUGAUGCCAAUCAGCCAGCUACCAUAGUCGACCAGUUCACUGUGUGCAAUGCUCAUGUGCUCUGCAUUUCCAGUGUCCCAGCUGCCAGUGAUGAUGAUUACUCUGCUGGAGAAAUCUUUCUGGAAGGGGAUCUGAACCCAGAAGAUCCAGCUACAUCAGAUGGUGUCCUGGCUGGAAUCACAUUGGUAGGGUGUGCAACAAGAUGCAAUGUCCCCCGCAGUAACUGCUCUUCUCGUGGAGACACACCUGUUUUGGACAAAGGACAAAAUGAUGUUUCUACAGUCAGUAAUGGAAAAAUCACCCAGUCACAGUCAGCAGAAGAAGCCACAGAAGCAACAGAAGUGCCAGAGAGCACAGAGGAUGAAGCAGAAGCAGCAGAAAUCCGACAUGGUCCAUUAACAGAGCAUGUCUUCACAGAUCCUUCUCAAUCCCAAGUCACACGUACACAACAAAGAAGGGAGAAUGGACAUCAGAAAGUUGAACAGAAUAUGGUGAUACAGGAGCCUGAAGUGAAUGGCGAGUCUUCAGUGGCAGGUACCAGCGCUGCUCCCACCAUGUGGCUUGGAGCACAAAAUGGAUGGUAUGUGACAUAUUUAUUAGUUUAUUCUUUUCAGCUGAUUUACAACAUAGUUUACUUGCAUGAGAUAACUAUGAAAUACAGCAUCCUGCUUUCAAAGGUGUAA